ACUGUAUAUAUACGACUUAAUUAUACCACACAGAGCCAUAAUAGAAAAGAGAAGAAAUCAUCACCUCUUCUUUAGUUUCUCUCAUUUUCAGAUCAGCAAAAAAAAUAAAAAUGCCUCCCAGUUCUUCAGAUUCAUCUGUAUUACUUCAAAGAAUUAGCUCGAACAAUACUCGUGAUUUUGCUUACAAGCAAUCUCAUCAUCAACUACAGAGACGCAUGCCGAUUCCUUGUUCGACGGAAGUACCCGAUUCAGUUGCCCGGUACCAUACUCACCCUGUUGGUCCUGACCAGUGUUGCUCCGCCGUGAUCCAGCGAAUCUCAGCUCCCGUCUCCAUCGUAUGGUCGGUGGUCCGCCGAUUCGAUAAUCCGCAGGCGUAUAAGCACUUCGUCAAGAGCUGCCAUGUUGUUGUCGGCGACGGUGAGGUCGGAACUCUACGUGAGGUCCGAGUGAUCUCCGGCCUCCCUGCUGCUAGAAGCACGGAGAGGCUUGAGAUCCUUGACGACGAACGCCACGUCAUCAGCUUCAGCGUUGUUGGUGGGGACCACCGGUUAGCGAAUUACCGUUCUGUUACCACGCUCCACUCGGAACCGAGCUCCGGCAAUGGAGCGGCGGCGGCGACAAUCGUCGUGGAAUCGUACGUCGUUGAUGUACCACCUGGUAAUACUAGAGAAGAGACGUGCGUUUUUGUGGAUACAAUCGUGAAAUGCAACCUUCAAUCGUUAUCUCAGAUUGCACAAAAUUCGAGCAGACGAGAAUCUUCGUGAAUUUUGAAUAUGAAUUGUGGUUCAAGUUGCUCGGAUUUUCAUUUUCGAAAUCAUCUUCCUGUCAAAUUUUCAAAAAUAGUAAAUUUUAAAGAUUACGAGCAACCUAUUGCGAAUCGGAAUAAAUGAAGACAACUGAUCGAUGAUACUUGUGGUGAUGAUCUGAUGAUAUCAUAUGCAUUGAUGCAUGAUUGUUUCGUUGCACCUUUUAUUAGGUGUGUGUGUGUUUAUCUCCUUGUCAUCACUUGUUGAAGAUAAGUUCUUGAUCAAUUAAUCUUGUACCUUGCUCAAUUAAUUUCAUUCUCUUUAAUUUUGUCUAUAUUUUUUUUUUCUUUAUCAGUUUCUUUACAUGUAUAACUUGUGAGAUUUAGAGAAUAAUAAUAGACAUAUAUUCAGAUUCAGA